AUAUUUUCUUCCCCCCUAUCAAGAGGGUUGGCCUUAUUUUUGGGCUUAUUGGAAACGUCGAUUGGACGGGUUUUUGUGGUUGUAUUAAGCUACUCGGCUCAUAGGCCGGCUGCUGCUGUUUAGGGGGGCUUGUGCCGUGAUGGACCCCAGUGGCGAGGGGGUUCUCUCCCUGUGUUGUCCUUAACGAAACCCUCUUUGUGUGGGCAGGAUCUACUCAUUCGCGGGGUGACGAAAGAAGGAAAGGACGGCACAAUGAGAUGAUACCAAUAGCGGAUGCUUCAUUUCAGAUCCAAGAUACUUUGUUGUAAAUCACACCAUGGCUGGGAUAAUCAAGAAACAAAUUCUGAAGCACCUGUCCAGGUUUGCCAAGAACCUGUCACCAGACAAGAUAAACCUCAGUACACUAAAGGGAGAAGGUCAGCUGACCAACCUAGAACUUGAUGAAGAAGUACUUCAGAAUAUGCUUGACCUGCCUACAUGGUUGGCCAUCAACCGUGUCUUUUGCAACAAAGCUGCUAUUAGGAUCUCAUGGACAAAACUGAAGACUCAUCCAAUUUCCUUGUACUUAGAUAAAGUUGUAAUGGAGAUGAGCACUUGUGAAGAACCUCGUCCACCUAAUGGACCAUCCCCAAUUGCAACUGCCUCAGGUCAAAGUGAGUAUGGCUUUGCUGAGAAGGUAGUUGAAGGCAUCUCCCUCUCUGUGAACUCUAUUGUCAUCAGGAUCAAAGCAAAGGCGUUCAAUGCUUCCUUUGAGCUGUCACAGUUGAAAGUUUACAGUGUUAAUCAAAGCUGGCAAUUAAGCGACCUAAGAUUCACAAGAAUACAGAGUGCCCAGCAUGGACAGAUUUUGACCUUUAAAGAAAUAAGCUGGCAGAUGAUCAGAAUUGAAGCAGAUGCUAUUCAGAGUGGAGAACAUGAAAUCCUCAGUGCACCAGUUCGUCUGAUCACUAAUCAGUCCAAAAUAAGAGUAACACUAAAGAGAAGGCUGAAAGAUUGCAAUGUGGUGGCAUCCAAGUUGAUUUUGAUUUUGGAUGAUCUGCUGUGGGUCCUUACUGAUUCCCAAUUGAAAGCCAUGGUGCAGUAUGCAAAAUCUUUAAGUGAAGCAAUGGAAAAGUCUGCUCAACAAAGGAAAAGUUUGGCUUCUGAAACAACACAGAAUGCUGCUCCGGCCCAAAGUGCUCAGCAAGUGAAGACUCAGCAGACAGCAGCAGCAGCUGACCACAAUGAUUUUGACAAGAUGUUUAACUCCUAUGACGUGAAAGAAACUUCUCAUCACAUGCAGAUCACCCAUCUAGAUCUGCACAUUUGCGAUGACAUUCACGCCAAGGACAGAGGGAUUAACAAGAGGAUAACAGGGGGAGCAAUGCAGCUGUCUUUUAGUCAGAUUACUGUGGACUACUAUCCGUUUCACAGAGCAGGUGAUAGUUGUCUGCACUGGAUGCACUACAGUGAAGCUACUAAGUCAAGAGACAGCUGGGCAAAGAAUCUCCUUGAUGAGUUUAAAAGCAAUAUGGAGAUGCUAAAACAUGCUGUGAAAGACCACCGGCUAGUCACUACAGUGACAUCAUCUGCUAUGCAGGGGUCGCCUCAACAUGUGGCUCCAGUAAAAAUUUCUACUUCUUCAACCAGCACAUUCUCUGCACCUGUUGAACAACCAAAGACACAGCUGAUGUCGAGCUCAGUAGUGGCCAGAAUCGCAGACUUUAGCAUUUACCAGGUUUCUACAGCAGAUCAGCGCCGCUCUUCUCCGAAAACAAUGAUUUCCUGCAACAAAAAAACUCUUUAUUUGCCACAAGAAAUGCCUGCAGUUCAUAUUGAAUUUACUGAAUACUAUUUUCCAGAUGGAAAGGAUUACCCAAUCCCCUGUCCUAAUCUGUAUAUGCAGAUGAAUGCACUUCAAUUAAACCUUGAAGCCCGAAGUAUUUUGUGGCUCAACCAAUUUGCGUUGGACCUGAGGCAAAGUCUAGAACAGUUCAUGGCUGUGUAUAAGCUUAAUGACAAUUCUAAGACUGAUGAACAUGUUGAUGUUCGUGUAGAUGGCUUAAUGUUAAAGCUCAUUGUACCUACUCAGAAGGCUUUAGAAGGACAUCAGGACCUUCCACAAUCCCUUUCUGUUCAGAUGGCAGAGAUGACUGCAACCAACACACGACACUCUUCAAAGUGCACUCGUACAGAUUUAGAAGCUAUGCUCCAGGACUUUAAGGAGUACUCCUUUUUCAGUAAAAUGUUUACAGGCUUUCCUAAAAUGCCCGACAGUUUUAAUGUUGUCCAUCCAGUAUUUCAGAGACAUGCACAUGAGCAAGACACAAAGAUGCAUGAUAUUUAUAAAGGGAUUGUUAACCCUACCUUGAGCACAAAUGCACUUAAAACCUCUUCUGCUACAGAUGUCUGGGCUGUUCAUUGCACACAAUUUUGGAUCGAUUAUGAAGGGACAAAAAGUGGCAAAGGUCGGCCUGUGCCUUUUGUGGAUGCUUUUCCGCUCUCCAUUUGGGUUUGCCAGCCAGCCAAAUUUGCACGUUCCCAAGAACUAUUUCAGACAUCUGCUAGAAUGUUUUCAAGUAUUCCAAAAAGUGAAUCGGUGGAGCUAAGCAGCCGACUGCAGCGCAAAAGGCUGCUGAAGGAUUAUUACAGCACAGACAAUGAAUGUAUCACCAAUGGGAUCAGAAAGCCCCCUUCUCUGGAUAGUAUUUCUGCCACUUCUCAUUCCCUGCAUAAUUCUCUUGAGGCAGACAUUCAUAUUCUGGUUCAUGUUCAGAAACAUGUAAGUGCACAAAUCAAUCAUUAUCAGUAUAAUUUUCUGAUGCGUCUCCAACAGUCAAUCAAAGAUCUUCAACAAAAUUUGCAAAAGGAUAUCGAGGAUGUUACUGGAAAACCUGCAGAGGAGACCAGCAUUUCUGUGGGGCUCCUACUAAAAAGUGCCGAUGUGGCUCUCCUGCUUCAGCCACUUCCCUCAAGUGAUAAUUGUUCAAAGUCUCCUGUUUCUAUAGACUUGGGUAUUUCCCCCUCAGAAAGCCAGAUCCAUUCUGAUCCAAGGAGAGAGUCUUUACAUGAGAUGACAGGGGAAAAAAUUGAAUGUGUUGAGGAUGCUGCAAAUCAGCACCUCAGUAUUAUCUCUUCAGUUGAUGACUUGCUGUGCAAGCCUUUAGAAGAAUCACCUGCACAAAAAACAUUGCCACUACAGCCUUCUUUGGAUUGUUCCUUGAGUUCUUUUGAUAAAUCUGAUGUGGAAGAUAUGGCCGUGCCUGAGAGCAUAGAGAAUGGAGGAACAAAAGGCCAAGAUGGCUCCCUAGAACUGAAUACUCUUCAGACAGCAGCAGAUCCAUUAGUAAAAAAUGAAAAUGCUUUAGAAGAUAAAGAGAGCCCUUCACAUAGUAAAGAAAAUAUUCCAAAUGAUUUGUCAGCAGCCUUAAAUAACAUAAAAAAUUAUACGGGGGACUCUUUGAGUGAACCAAUUACCUCCCAACUAGGGGCGACUUUACUGUCCAGAGUGGAAAAUGAUAAAGAGAAGAACUUUGUGAACAAAAUCCCUCAGUCAGUCUCUAGUGGGAGGCUCAUGAAGGAGAGGUCGCAGUCCAGUUUGUCUGUGUCUUAUAAAAAUAUCAAGAGAAGUCCAUCAUUACCAUCACUUGAUAACAUCUCACUCGACAGCACUAUGCUAGAAGAGCAUUUGUUAGAAAGUGAUGGGAGUGACAGCCUUAAAGAGUCACUUGCAGGUGACAUUUUUGGGAUGAAUUUCAGGGAUACUAUGAGUGAUCAAAGCCCAGCUGAAAGUGCAAGUGAAGCCCUUGGAAAUUAUGCUGAGGGUGCAAUGUCUCCAGAUGCUAUAAGUGCUGCUUCUCAGAGUAUUGAUGAAAACUCAAAAGAUUUGGUGUCUGUUUUAGUGUUUAAAAUAUUUGGUGCUACCUGUGCAAUUGAUGUCAAGGGUGACGAUAUAGCUGUGUGCCUCCAGGUUAACCGUGUGAUACCAAAUCAAGUUGGAAACAUCAGUGUUAGAGAGUACCUCAGUAACCACAGCCUCGGAUCUGAUCAUUCAGCUCUGUCUGACCCCGACGACAUUUGUCCAGAAGUGAGACUAAGGCUGGACAUUGGGCCUAAAGCAGCAGUGUACUCCCCUCUGGCAGCAAAAAAUGGCUUCCUGCAUUGCAAAAUACAACAUUUUAGCUCUGACCUGUUAAUGUCUUCCUUAAUCAAUCUUGGGCAAUUUUUAGAGGAUGAUUGUGUUCCAGAAAUUGUACCAAUGAAAAUUACAGUUUCUGAUACCAAUAUUAAUUUGAAGGAUGACAGCCCUCGUAUAAACUCUUCAGCCCCAGGACCAAUGCCUGUUACUCUUAAUGUCAAGAACCUGCUGGUCCAGAGGAUUGAUGAUGGCUCUUUUUGCAUUGGAGCAGCAGCUGAGAAAACAUCAAACCAGGAAAAGGAAAUGGAAGUAAGAGCACAAACACCAAGGUCUGUGGGAAGCAUAUCCCGCGCUACACAGACGCAAUUAGAAAAUGAGGAUCGUCUAAGCAUUUUAUCGGAAAAUAAAGGGCAACGUGUUUCUCGGAGCUUGCAGUAUGAGCAGCUUCUUGAAGAGAAUGAAUGUUUGAAGCUGGAGCUGUCGAAAGCCAAGCUUGCUCUAGCUGAAUCUCAGAUGGAGAAGGACAGCUUACUUCAUGAAAUCAAAAUAAGAAACAGCAACUUUCAAUAAUGGAUGGUAAAAGCAUUUGCAGCAGGAACAAGAUGCGAGCCGUGAACAAAGUUUGGUGGCCUAUUAGAAGCUCACUUGAAACAAAGAAAAUGUUUGCAUAUUAAUGAAUCAUUCUUUAUUACUAAUUAUACAUUUGUACAUAAAAUAUAUGCAUAGAAAUAAAAGGGCAUAUAGACAAAAUUAAAUUAUACACCAAAAGUAAGCCUGAUGUGACAUUAAAAUUCAUCCUGUGAAGUAAUUUAGUUACUGUACUUAAAUUGGCAACAUCUUUUUUUUUUACAUUUUAUAAAGUCACAGUACGGUAUGUACAGUGGUGUGAAAAACUAUUUGCCCCCUUCCUGAUUUCUUAUUCUUUUGCAUGUUUGUCACACAAAAUGUUUCUGAUCAUCAAACACAUUUAACCAUUAGUCAAAUAUAACACAAGUAAACACAAAAUGCAGUUUGUAAAUGAUGGUUUUUAUUAUUUAGGGAGAAAAAAAAUCCAAACCUACAUGGCCCUGUGUGAAAAAGUAAUUGCCCCCUUGUUAAAAAAUAACCUAACUGUGGUGUAUCACACCUGAGUUCAAUUUCCGUAGUCACCCCCAGGCCUGAUUACUGCCACACCUGUUUCAAUCAAGAAAUCACUUAAAUAGGAGCUGCCUGACACAGAGAAGUAGACCAAAAGCACCUCAAAAGCUAGACAUCAUGCCAAGAUCCAAAGAAAUUCAGGAACAAAUGAGAACAGAAGUAAUUGAGAUCUAUCAGUAUGGUAAAGGUUAUAAAGCCAUUUCUAAAGCUUUGGGACUCCAGCGAACCACAGUGAGAGCCAUUAUCCACAAAUGGCAAAAACAUGGAACAGUGGUGAACCUUCCCAGGAGUGGCCGGCCGACCAAAAUUACCCCAAGAGCGCAGAGACGACUCAUCCGAGAGGUCACAAAAGACCCCAGGACAACGUCUAAAGAACUGCAGGCCUCACUUGCCUCAGUUAAGGUCAGUGUUCACGACUCCACCAUAAGAAAGAGACUGGGCAAAAACGGCCUGCAUGGCAGAUGUCCAAGACGCAAACCACUGUUAAGCAAAAAGAACAUUAGGGCUCGUCUCAAUUUUGCUAAGAAACAUCUCAAUGAUUGCCAAGACUUUUGGGAAAAUACCUUGUGGACUGAUGAGACAAAAGUUGAACUUUUUGGAAGGCAAAUGUCCCGUUACAUCUGGCGUAAAAGGAACACAGCAUUUCAGAAAAAGAACAUCAUACCAAUAGUAAAAUAUGGUGGUGGUAGUGUGAUGGUCUGGGUUGUUUUGCUGCUUCAGGACCUGGAAGGCUUGCUGUGAUAGAUGGAACCAUGAAUUCUACUGUCUACCAAAAAAUCCUGAAGGAGAAUGUCCGGCCAUCUGUUCGUCAACUCAAGCUGAAGCGAUCUUGGGUGCUGCAACAGGACAAUGACCCAAAACACACCAGCAAAUCCACCUCUGAAUGGCUGAAGAAAAACAAAACGAAGACUUUGGAGUGGCUUAGUCAAAGUCCUGAUCUGAAUCCAAUUGAGAUGCUAUGGCAUGACCUUAAAAAGGCGGUUCAUGCUAGAAAACCCUCAAAUAAAGCUGAAUUACAACAAUUUUGCAAAGAUGAGUGGGCCAAAAUUCCUCCAGAGCGCUGUAAAAGACUCAUUGCAAGUUAUCGCAAACGCUUGAUUGCAGUUAUUGCUGCUAAGGGUGGCCCAACCAGUUAUUAGGUUCAGGGGGCAAUUACUUUUUCACACUUUUUUUGUAGGUUUGGAUUUUUUUUUCUCCCUAAAUAAUAAACACCAUCAUUUAAAAACUGCAUUUUGUGUUUACUUGUGUUAUAUUUGACUAAUGGUUAAAUGUGUUUGAUGAUCAGAAACAUUUUGUGUGACAAACAUGCAAAAGAAUAAGAAAUCAGGAAGGGGGCAAAUAGUUUUUCACACCACUGUAUGUAUGUAUGUACUGUACAUAUAUAUGUGUGUAAAGAUGUGCAUUAAUGUGCCAUUAAUAUGCAAACAGACAUGUAUAUUAUGAGUCAAUUGUGUUGUUGAAUUCACAAAUUAUAAAUAGUAGCUGAUUAGUAAAACAAUCGGUUUUGUCGAUUGUCUAUAUUUUGUACACUCUGUGGAUAGUAACAAUUGACAUAUCGGAAUACGUAGCGAGCGGAUUAAUUUAUCGGAUUAAGAAGUAGAAUGUAAACACAAGUCACGUCCAGAGAAUGUCUUAAGGGACAAUUUGCACUGUAAUUAACUUUGUUAUGUAACUUGUAAUAAAAAAAUAGUUCUUAAUAAUUUACUUUUUAAAAUGUGUAUAGAAUCCAAAUUGUAUGAAUGAUUUAUAAACUAAUAGGCAGAUUUUUUUUUCUGUUCUUUUUUGGGUGCUUAGCCCAGCUAAUUUCUUUUUAGUAAAUGGAACACAAAAUAUACGGUUACAUUAAAAUGAUGGAAAAUGAUAAAAUGAAGCAUUUAAUAUUUUUGAAAA